AUGAAAACCUGGACACAUAACUCUGGUGCUUACUUUGCUUUUCAUCUGCUCCCCAUUACCCACAGCUGUGAUCUUGAAGUGGCGGGAUCAGUGUCAUUCACGGAUGUGACUGUGAGAUUCACCCAAGAAGAAUGGCAACACCUGAACCCUGGUCAGAGGACCCUGUACGAGGAUGUGAUGCUAGAGAACUAUAGCCACGUUGUCUCAGUGAGGUGUUGUGUUACCAAGCCAGAGUUGGUCUUCAAGUUGGAGCAAGGUGAGGAGCCAUGGAUAGCAGAAGAAGAAUCCUCCAGCCAAAGCCACCCAGAAUUCUGGAAAGUUGAUGUAAUGGGGAAGGGGCAGGAAAGCCAAGACCAGCAUUUGUGGAAAGUUGGUUUUGUCAACAACAAAACACUGACUGAGGAGAGAAAUGAUGUAUUAGGAAAAACAUUUAAUGUGGACACAAACCCUGUUCCAAUGAGAAAAAAAUUGUUUAUCUGCACAAAGCAUGAGAAUCUUUAUGCCAGAGAUAAACCUUUUGACUAUGAUAGAAAUGGGAAAGUCAUUCAUCAGAAUUAGGACCUAUUUCAGCAUCAGGCUAUUCAAACUCCAAAGCAGUUUUUUUUUUUUUAG